AUGCUUAGGCAAGUACAUAAUGCCUCAAAAUCAAAUUUGAAAAGUGAAUGGGAAAAAUGGUUAAAAGGAGUAGAUUUUCAGAAACAGGUUCCUUACCAAAAAUUUCUAAAUUUAAAAUAUUUUAAGUAUAACCAUUUCAUUUUAAUCGAAUGUAUUGGAAUAGAUAAACAAAUAGGGGAAGAUUUUUGUAUCAAAGUUGAAAACAGACUUAGAAUACAAUUAAUUACUACAAUAGAGGAAGACCCUAAACUAGUUGAAUACUCACAUAUUGGACAUUAUUGGGACAAAGAAAAAUGUAGACCAAAGCAAAACUUGCUUGGAAAAAAGCUCAAAAAUACGGAUAAUGUAUUUUGCAAGUAUUGGUCUGUCGGAUUAAAAUUGCCGCACGGAAAAAAGGAUUUUGAGAAAGCAGAAAUUAAUUUAUUAGAAGAACGUUUUAUAAAGUUUGGAGAAAGAAUAAUGGAAGGAAUUAAAAAGAAAAAUAAAAUUGAAGAGGAUUGUGUUGGGUUAAAUUUGAUUUAUGAGAAGGGGCGAGACGAGAACAAUCGAGAAUAA